GGGCAAGUCUUCACCGGUGCGUCGCAGACUCCGGAAUCCCUUCGGUCCAGGGCGAGCCGAGCCGGGCUGAGCUGUCUGGUCCCUGCUUUCCCCCCUUCAUGUCCGGCUUCGGCGCCCUGGGCCUAGCGCCCUGGUUGGCGGCCCAGGCAGAGCAGGUGGGCCUGAGGAAGCCUACCCCAGUGCAGGAGGCCUGUAUCCCGCCGGCCCUCCAAGGUCGCGAUUGCAUGGGGUGUGCCAAGACGGGGAGCGGCAAGACGGCGGCCUUCGUCCUGCCCAUCCUGCAGAAACUUUCCGAAGACCCAUAUGGCAUUUUCUGCCUCGUGCUGACACCCACAAGAGAACUGGCCUACCAGAUCGCCGAGCAGUUCCGCGUCCUCGGGAAGCCGCUCGGUUUAAAAGACUGCAUCAUUGUGGGAGGAAUGGAUAUGGUCAGCCAGGCGCUGGAGCUGUCCCGAAAACCUCAUGUGGUCAUCGCCACUCCUGGCCGGCUGGCCGAUCACUUGCGCAGCUCCAACACCUUCAGCCUUCAAAAGAUCAAGUUCUUGGUCCUGGACGAAGCCGACCGGCUCCUGGAACAAGGCUGCACCGAUUUCACCCAAGACCUGGAGGUCAUCUUGGCCGCGGUGCCCGCCCGCCGCCAGACAAUGCUCUUCAGCGCCACCCUGACGGACACACUGAACGAGCUCAAGCGGAUCGCGAUGAACCAGCCGUUCUUCUGGGAGUCCACCUCCGAGGUUCGGACAGUGGAGCAGCUGGACCAGCGCUACUUGCUAGUUCCCGAGAAGGUCAAAGACGCCUACCUCAUCCAUCUGGUCCAGACCUUCCAGGACGAGCACGAAGACUGGUCCAUCAUCAUCUUCACCAACACUUGCAAGAACUGCCAGAUCUUGAACAUGAUGCUCCAGAAAUUCAACUUCCCUUCCGUGGCGCUCCACUCCAUGAUGAAGCAGAAACAACGUUUCGCAGCCCUAGCAAAGUUCAAAUCCAGCAUCUUUAAGAUUCUCAUCGCGACGGAUGUGGCUGCCAGAGGCCUCGACAUCCCGACCGUUCAAGUGGUCAUCAACCACAACACACCGGGGCUGCCGAAAAUCUACAUCCACCGAGUGGGACGGACCGCCCGGGCAGGCCGUCACGGCAUCGCCAUCACGCUGGUGACCCAGUACGACAUCCAUCUGGUCCAUGCCAUUGAGGAGCAGAUCAAAAUGAAGCUUCAGGAAUUCUCUGCGGAGGAGCAGGCGGUGCUGAGCAUCCUCACCCAGGUCAACGUGGUGCGCCGAGAAUGCGAGAUUAAACUGGAGGGAACUGAUUUUGACGAGAAGAAGGAAAUAAACAAACGGAAACAGAUGAUUCUUGAAGGAAAGGAUCCUGACCUGGAGGAGCAGCGGAAGGCAGAGCUGGCCAAGAUCCGGAAGAAGAAUGUGCAGUUUCGCACCCAAGUCCGGCAGACACUGGAAGACAGGCGACAGCUCCUGCUCCGGCGGAAGCUUCAAAAACGGGUCCGCCGGCGGCAUCAUCAGCAAGAGAAGCCGAAAGUGGCUGGAGAGAAGGGACGGGAUCUGACCUCAAGCCAGGCAGGCAGGAGAUGAGAGUUAGCCUCAUGAUGCUUUAGGGCAGGAGGACAUAUAUAUUUUAGAUAUGUAUAUUUCUAAAGGUGGUUACUAGAACUGGCCAUGCUUUAUAAAGCAUUUGCUGCAAUCCACAUUUUCCAGUAUCCGCGGAGAGACUUGUAACCCGUCCCCUGUGGAUAUGGGAGUCCAACUGUAUAAGGGAGAGAGGUUAAUUCUGCAUCAAGAACAGUUCUCUUCUGCCCCUGCGGUUCAUUUUCUGUAAAGUCCUGGGGCCGCUUUGUGCUCCAGGGAGAACCGGUGUUUAGAACCGUGGGUCCAUGCUCUAGAAAGGAAAUGUUUACGGGCGUCACCGUCGGGACGACAGAAGGUGAAAGAAAUCCCAUUUUUCUUUCUUUUUAAAUCACAUUCCUAGAAACCGGUUGCUUUCCUACAAGCUUAGGCUGGCCUUCGCUUUGGGGCGGCUCGGCUUUCUUUGAAAUAAAACCUGGCAGUUUUA